UUAGUUGUUGCCUACCCAUCCCUCCAUUUUCCAAUGUAUAUCUUCCUCAGUCAACUGUCUCUUUCCGAAAUCCUAUUCACCACGAAUAUUGUCCCCAACAUGCUAAGGCUCAUCCUGAUUGGUGGAGGGACUAUGUCAGUAAGAGGAUGUGUCACACAGUUCUGUAUCCUCUGUGUCCCAACCAUAAGCCAGUGCCUACUUCUUGCCACCAUGUCCUUUGAUCGCUAUGUGGCCAUAUGUAAUCCCCUGCAUUAUACAUCUAUUAUGACCUUCAGGCUACAGUUAAACAUUGUUGUUUUUUGCUGGAUUUCUGGUUUCAUGUUGGCUCUUGUCAUUUACAUGUUCUUAAAUAGAUUGAUAUUUUGUCAUUUCAACAUUAUCAACCAUUUCUAUUGUGAUAUUGCACCACUCAUAGAACUUUCUUGCUCAGAUACUUCUUAUGUAGAACUGGUCAUUGCUUUGAUUUCUGUUUUUAUAGCUUUCUCCCCAUUUAUGUUCAUAAUUGUCACAUACAUCUUCAUCUUGGUCAACAUUCUCAGGAUCCCCUCAAGUUUUGGAAGGCAGAAAGCCUUUUCCACCUGCAGUUCCCACCUGACAGUUGUGUGUAUGUAUUAUGGGACACUAACAAUCAUUUAUUUAUAUCCACCUGGGAAACAUUCUCUAAAUGUAAAUAAGUUUCUGUCCUUAUUGUACACACUGGUGACCCCAUUGUCCAACCCAAUUAUCUACAGCUUGAGAAACCAGGACAUCCGAAGAGCCAUAUAUAACUUUCUUUCUAAUUGUAGGAAAAAUGAUUGUAUUAUGGUAGAUAAGACAUGUCUAAACACAUUUUCCUGA